AUGAAUGAAAAGACGGGUGCCAAGAAGUCAAGAAGGAUGACCAACGGACAGCUGCGGCAUGAAGAGAAAAUAGCAAGAGUCCCAAUCGAAAACAUGUUCUACAAGGAUCUUCCCCCUGCAUUUGUGUCGAUAGUAGGACCCUCUAGGAGUGGAAAAACCACGCUUAUGAGGUCUAUUGUGAAGUACUUUACCCACCAGCUGAUAGAUACACCUAGAGGCCCGGUGACGCUGUCUUCAUCGAAGGAAAAGAGAAUUACUCUGUUUGAAUCAAGAGCUGACAUCCACCAGUUUGUCGAUAUCUCGAAAGUGUCUGACUUGGUCAUUCUCACGAUCAAUGCAGCAUCUGGGCUGGAGAUGGAGACAUUUGAGUUUCUCACACUGCUGAUAUCGCACGGGCUCUCCAAGAUUCUAUGUGUUGUGACCAAUGCUGAUGGCUGUAAAGAUCAGAAGCAUCUAAAGUCGAUAAAGAAGAGGAUAUGGGAGGAGAUAUGCCCUGGAAUCAAGUUCUUCUAUGUUGGGGAGGUUGAGGCAGGAAGAUACAGAGAUGCGGACUUUUCCAAGCUUUGUAGAUCGAUUGGAGUUAUGAAGUACAGGCCCAUUGAGUGGAAGUGCAUGCAUCCACACGUUGUUGUAGAUAGGGUUGAUGAGGUAUUUGUUUAUGGAUAUGUAAGGGGAGGACUGAUGAGAAAAGACACGGAGGUCCAUAUUCCUGGGAUUGGGGACAACAGAAUAGUUGAGAUUGAGGCAGUGAUAGAUCCUGUUCCCAGCCAUGGGGAAAGCAAGCUCUCACAAAGAUCAAAGAUCUUGUACUCGCCGAUGUCUGAGAUUAACGAACACAAGAAAGAAGAGGUUGAGGAGGAGAAUGGAGUAGAGAUUGAGAUUGAAGAGGACAUGGAGGUGAAGAUUUUCCGGGGUGGAAAGAGCAUCGAAGAGAGGACUGAUUGUUGCGUAUCUGAAGGUGACACAAACGAGGAAGGCUCUGAAGAGGAGGAAGAGGAGGAGAUUGAAGAGAAGGACGAAUCAAGCCUUGACUUUGAGGACUUAAAGAAGAUGACGUCUGACAGAUUCCAAAGGGAAGCAGUCACCGAGGAAGACCUUAUCGAGAAAUUCAACAGAAGAUACGAAGAAAAGGAAAAGGAAAACAGUAACAUCCUACUCAGAGAAAAAAGAAGGUUGGAAGAAGAGAUGAAAAGAAAUGAGGAGAUGAUGGUUCCGGGAGUCAUUAUUCCAGGAAAGUAUGUCAAGAUUAGAUUGAAUAGUCAUAUUCCCCGGAAUGUUGAUUUCAACAACGUCAUUAUUCUCGGAAGCUUUCUUGUAGCAGAAAAGGAAAUGAAUAUCAUUCAAGGGAAGGUUAAGAGAUACAAAUGGUACAGGAAGAUUCUAAAGACAAACGAGCCGGCCAUAUUUUCUGUUGGGUGGAGAAGAUUCCAGAGUGUUCCAAUAUUCAGCAUGAAGGACGCAACUAGAAACCGAGUUAUAAAAUACACGCCUGAGUCUAUGCACUGCAAUAUUUCCUUCUAUGGGCCUGUUGUGCCUGCAGGAACCGGGUUUUCUGUGUACAGCGAGAAAGGGGAUUUUAGGGUUCUAGGGCUAGGGACAAUAACAGAUGUCAACGGAGACCCGAAUCUAGUGAAGAAGCUGAAGCUGAUAGGAUAUCCCAAGGAGAUCAGGCAGAACACGGUAUUUGUCCAGGACAUGUUUACUUCCGACCUUGAGGUGCUGAAGUUUCAAGGAGCAUCGCUUAAGGCUGUAAGUGGUCUCAGAGGACAAGUUAAGAUGCCUCAUGGGAAGAAUGGGGUGUACAGGGCCACCUUUGAAGGGAACAUGCUGAUGAGCGACAUAAUAACGUUGAGAUGCUUUGUUCCUGUCGAUGUAUACAAAAUCUUCGUUCCUGUGAACAACUUGGUAGGUGAAUGGAGAGGGCUUCGAAGGCUGCAUGAGAUAAGAGAGGCCCUAGGAAUUGCUCAUAACUAUGGACAGGAGGACUCUUCUCCUGGUGAGGAAGAGGAGUGCGAUGCCGUUGAGGAAGACUAUGGUCUUCCACAGGAGAUUGAGAAAGAGCUCCCUUUCGACCGGAGGAGGAUUUCUAUUGUUAGCGAGAAGAUCGAGCUACCAAUUCCGCCCGAUUUGAGGGAGAAGCAUAAGAUGAUGAACAGCAUUAUGGAAGAGAGAGUGAAAAAGGACCGGGAAGAGGAAGAGAAUAGACAGAGGCUCCGGAGGAUGAAAGAAGACGAGAUACGAAGAAAGGAAAAGGAGAGAGAGAAGAGAGUCAAAAAGACCAUACAUGAUAAUCACAAAGAUAUGAUGAAGAAGAGACGCAAGAAAAGGUGA